UUAUAAUUAUCCAGUUAUAGUUUUUCUUUGCGCGAACAUCUGAGUCAGUAUCGUAUGCGCAGAUUGCAAAGUGUCACAAGUGUUUUGACAGCUGCUGCUGCUGUUGCUGGUGGCUUGUUGGUGGACUAGGUCCUUGCUCUUUUUCCUUUUUAGUCAGUUGGGUUCUGUACUUCAGUUAUUACGUGUUGCCCGUCAGUGGCUUCCAAAAAGUUCAGUGUCAUACUUUCUUCGUUACGUAUUGUGUAUAGUAUGCGAAGUUUUUUCAAUUUUUCAUUAACACGACACACUCUUUUUUUUUAUAAACAUAUAUUAAAAAAUAAAUAUUAUAAAACAUUAUCAAAAUGAACCGACCAAAUUAUAAUCAGAACUACAAAUUGGUAGUCGUCGGAGGCGGUGGUGUUGGAAAGUCGGCGAUUACCAUACAAUUCAUUCAGAAAUAUUUUGUAACAGACUAUGAUCCUACAAUAGAGGAUUCAUAUACAAAACAAUGUGUAGUUGAUGAUGUUCCAGCAAAAUUAGAUAUUUUGGAUACUGCUGGUCAAGAAGAAUUUAGUGCCAUGAGAGAACAAUAUAUGAGAUCUGGUGAAGGAUUUUUAUUGGUAUUUUCCGUCGCAGAUAAAACAAGUUUUAAUGAGAUGGAAAAAUUUCAUAGACAAAUACUAAGGGUUAAGGAUAGAGAUGAAUUUCCUAUGCUAAUGGUUGGGAACAAAGCAGAUUUAAGUAGUCAAAGAAUGGUUUCUAUACAAGACGCACAAAAUAUGGCUAUGCAACUGAAAAUACCUUACAUAGAAUGCAGUGCCAAAGCUGGAAUGAACAUAGAUCAAUCAUUCCAUGAACUUGUUCGUAUUGUAAGAAGAUUUCAAUUAUCUGAAAGACCACCAAUUAAAUCAUUGCCACAGAAAAAUUCUAAAAAGUGUUCCAUACUUUAGCAAAUUAUAUUGUAGAAUAUACAAUAUAAGUAUGGUUAUAUAGCAACCAGCACUUAACUUAUUUGUUGUGUUCACAAUUAUUGUCAAUUUUAACUAUUCACAUUUAAAACAAAUAUUUUUCACAGUAUUAAAUUUUAAUAUCUAGUCGUACAACAUUGUACAUCAGAAUAAAACUAUUGAUACUUCAUUAACAUAUCAGGCAUUUUAUUAUUAAUAACAUUAUUUUAAGUGAGCGUCAAGA